UUCUUCCGUUCAUAUCAUAUUCAUUAACAUUUUAGUAACUAAUAUAAUUAUAUAGAUAAAUUCGUAUAAGAAAAAUAUAAUUAACAUGAACUAGACUUUAAAAAAAAAUUCUCAAAAAGACAAAUGUUCCAUUUGCCAUAUUUAAGGGUGAGCACAUUUAUUCGAAUCCAAAUAACAGAACCGAACUUUUUCGGUUCGAUUUGAGUUUUGAUCCUAUCAAUCAAUUAUCUUAGUGGAUCCAGAACCGAACCGAAAACCGAAUGGAUAUCCGAAUAUCUAUAAUAUAAUUUAUAUAUUUAUAAAUAUUUACUAUAUUUAGAUUUAAAAUAAUCACUAAUUUUAAAAUACUAUCUCUAAGUAAAAUACGCAAAAAAAAAUUAAAUUACCUGAAUUAUACAAAUUUUUAUUGAAAAUCUCCAAAAAAAGUUUGAUUAUUUGACUUUUAACUUGAAUUAACCAAAAAACCAGACCGAAUGAGAUCCGAAAUUCCUUCGGAUAUAACCGAACCAAACUUUCUAAAUACCCGAACGGAUCCUUAACUUCUAGAACCGAAAAAACUGAAAAAGAGCCGAGCCGAAAAUCAAGCCAAAAACCAAGCCAAGAAUCAAACCGAGAAUCAAACCGAGAACCGAAUUGAGAAACGGACCGAAAACAAGUAUGUCCUAGCUAUAUUAAUUGAUUUUCUCUUCUUUUUCUCGACUAGUUCUUCUUUACUUUUUAGAUAUCCUUCGUUUUUUAUAAAGGUAUUUUCAAUUUCAUAGAUAUCCUUUUUUUUUACUAGUUAAACUCUUAUAUGUGGUCCUGUGGAUUUGACUUUUAGUAAUACAGUAUAAUACUUUUUUUUUUUUUGUAACUGAAAAAAGUAUACACUGGAAUUGGAUGAUACAUUUUCUAUAUUAAUUUUGCUCUUGUUUUUGACUAGUUUUUCUUUUCCUUUAGUUUUUGAUAUCAUUCUCUUUUUGAUUUGUUGAAAUCUUCUGUGUCGUAAACAGUCACUCCUCUCCGUAAAUAAAACGUAACUAGGCCUUGCUGAUAUUUAUUUUUAGUAAUUUAUUUGUGUUUGUACUAAAUGUUAUAUUCUUAUUACAUAGUUUUGUAAUAUAACAUAUAUGAUGAAGGAUAACAAUUUAAAAAUUACAUAAUUUUUUUUCUUGUUUUGGGGCUAAUAAUAACAAAAAAAAACAAAACAAAUCAUUUUGUUUGUUUAUAAAAGGUAGUAAAUUGAUUUUUGGCAAUAGUAAUGAAAUUAAUACAAACUUAUGAAAUAUAGAAUUCAAUAAUUGGUUUGAAUUUUAGUUAAAUAAAAAUAAAAAUAAAAACCUAAACCUCUACUUUCACUUUUUAAUUUGUCAUAUUUAUCUAUCUAUAUUUGUAAAAGAAAAACUAAUGGUAAUUCUCCAUUGCUUGCUAUACAGGUGGAUUAGCUAUAGGUGAAGAAGAACACGUAUAUUUUUUAUAGGUUAUAUUAAAAGAAAACUGGAGGUUAUAGUUAAUUGAUGCCAUAAUAUUACCGAUUUUUUUUAUUGUUGCUUUUUUUGGUUAAACUAAAAUUAGGAAAAUGUAUUUAUUAAUCGGAAAAAGACAACAUUAAUUUAGGAAAUGAUUAUUUAUAAUUUUAGUGGCAUUUUAGUGUAAAUAAUUUGCAAAACUAAAUAAUAAUUUAAAUUGGUAUCCUCUUUUUACUUUUUCGGUUUCAUAUUAAAUAUCACUUUAGAUUUAUGCACACAGAUUAAAAAAACAUUUAGUUUUUCAUAUUUUCUAUAUAAAAAUAUUAUUAUCCAUACAACUAGUCAUAUUUUAACCAAUAGAAAAAUAAACUGAAAAAUAAAAUUAAUAAAUUAUGUAAUGAAAUGCUAAAAUAAUAUUUAUUUUGUAACAAAAAGUUUUCUCUAUAACGAUAUUUAAUAUGAAACGUAUGGAGUAAUAGAUUAGAUAGUUUCUAACUUGAAAAUGUUGAACAUCUCACCAAAGUAAAUAAAUACAUAUAACCGCGACGUGUCAAACAACAUGCGGUGCAUGUCCUUUAGAUUCUCCUAUAUAUAUCACAUGUGGGAUUACAUAUGAAAACAUCUCUAUCUCUCAAUUCAGAUUUCACAUCUUGACGCAAUCACUUACGCCAGUCAUGCAAACUUCUACAACAUCCAAGCUCCUCGUGUCCGACAUCGCCUCCUCCGUGGAUCGCGUCCCUUCAAGCUAUAUCCGACAAAUCUCUGACCGCCCAAAUAUUUCUGAUGUUGACAUUUCCGGCGAUUCCAUCCCUCUUAUCGAUCUCCAGGAACUUUAUGGACCUAGUCGAGCCAAUAUUAUCCACCAAUUUGCUCAUGCAUGCUCAUCUUAUAGCUUCUUCCAGAACCAUGGAGUACCAGAAAAAACAAUCGAAAGAAUGAUGACUGUGGCCAGAGAGUUUUUCCAUCAACCAGAGAGCGAAAGAGUGAAGCAUUACUCUGCGGAUACAAAAAAGACGACGAGACUCUCCACAAGUUUCAACGUCGGCUCAGAGAAAGUCUCUAACUGGAGAGACUUCCUCCGACUCCAUUGCCUUCCCAUCGAAGAUUUUAUCAACGAAUGGCCCUCACAUCCCGUCUCAUUCAGAGAAAUCACAGCCGAAUACGCUACAAGCGUUAGAGCCUUGGUGUUAAUACUCCUUGAGGCAAUCUCAGAGAGCUUAGGCCUUGAGAAAGACCGUGUGAGCAAUACAUUAGGCAAACACGGUCAACACAUGGCCUUAAACUACUAUCCUCCGUGUCCUCAACCCGAUCUAACGUUCGGACUACCCGGACAUAAAGAUCCAAACUUGAUCACUGUCCUUCUUCAAGACGAAGUCUCUGGUUUACAGGUCUUUAAAGAUGGUAAAUGGAUCGCUGUUCAUCCUAUUCCCAACACUUUUAUUGUCAACAUGGGUGACCAAAUGCAGGUUAUUAGCAAUGACAAAUACAAAAGUGUGCUACACAGAGCUGUUGUGAACAGCGACAAGGAGCGGAUAUCAAUACCGACCUUCUACUGUCCUUCUUUUGAUGCUGUGGUUGGCCCACAACAAGAGCUGAUCAAUGAAGAAGAAGAUUCUCCAGCUAUUUACAGAAGCUUUACGUAUGCUGAGUAUUAUGAAAAGUUUUGGGACAGAGCACUUGCAACUGAGAGCUGUAUUGACACGUUCAAAAUUUCCAAAACCUAAGAAUCUGUACUUUUCAAACGCCAUGAGACUAUGUUCUUUUCAGUUAUUGACUCGAAUUAAAAAUAUCGAUCUGGUUGCCUUUUCAUUUUACUUUGUUUAAUUAGUUUCGUAUGAACGUUAACUAAUCUGCUUUCUAGAUAAAACAAGCUCUUCUUGCAACACAUUAUACUCAUUGAAGACGUGUAACUCAAAAGGUAGAUGAUAGUGUCGGUAAACUAGCUUGCAAUUUCAAGAAGGAUUUAAAACAUAUUUAAAGAGGUCAAGAGAGAGGAUUCAACUUGAAUCAGAAUAAUGAAGCUGGACAUGAAGGGAAAUGAUGUGUCAUGUUUUUCACACAUUCUAACAUUGUUUUCUAGAGUGUUUUUGAGUUAUUAUUGAGUCUUCUAGUCCUCUUUGAAUUCUUUAGAUGGAGAUUAGGUCACUUUAGAGGAAAUAAGUAAUUUUCAGAGCAAACAGGCAUGUUAAAAUGCAGAAACAUCAGAAGUUUGGAGAUAUAUGAAAAGGUUACCAUUAAUUGAUUGAGAAGAAAUUUAGCCACAAAAUAGAGAAAUGAGUUAGCUUUCCAAUGCUACCGAUUUUAGGUCAAUCUAUCAGUGAAAUCAAAAGUUGUGCACAUUUUACUAACCAUUGGUCUGUUUGGAAUAAGACAAUGUUCUGUAAACAGAGUAGGCAAUGCAAGCAUGGAGCAACUGCUUUGGUUUAAACUAAACAUCAAACUAAACAUAUAUAUAUUUGAUUGUUGUCUUCCCUUAUUGUUGAACUUAAUGAUGAAAAUAAACUAAUCGCUUAGUUAGGUUGAAUCUAUUCAUCGGAAGUGUAAUAGGUUUUCUAGAAAGAACAUAUCUGAGUGAGGUGUCCGUAGCCAAAAACAGUUGAUGUUAUGGCAACUCGUGAGCGAAUAAAACCAACUCUUAAUGCUAGUCUUCAAUCUCUGAUUCAAAGGACAGUUUAGACAUUAAGAUUGUUUGAUAAAGUAAUUGGUACCACAAUUAAGGGCGGGUUGAUUUGUUUUUUUUAUCUCUAAACUUAUUUCUCAUUGUUUCCUGAAUAAUUUACUAGUCAUGAUUAUUGUUUCCAUGCGACUUGUCCUUAAGCUAGCACUUUGUUUAAUUGUUUUACACAUCAUUUUCUUCCUGUGAUUUAGUUACAUUCUUUACAUAAAACAACAACCAAACUUCUAUGUCUUAUAGCUCUAAUACAUUUGAUAGAACUGUAGUGUAAUCGUUAGUCUCAGUGGAUUUGAUCCCAAAGUGAUACAUCAGCAUACCAAUCGAUUGUGGUAGUGUGCACAUUAGGUCAAUUGGUGUGUGUAUACAUAUUAUAUCAAUUUGGUGCCGCUACUGAGGACCAUUUUUGUUACCUUCGUUUUGUACAUUGAAGUUUAGUCUAAGUAAGAACUGCAGUUAUAUUCUUUAUUUCUCUCUCGCAUGUUUCAGAUGCAGAACCAGGAGCCAUCAAAACAUACAUGAAAGAAUAGAAGUAGAGUCCAACCAUCAUGGGCGAAAAGAUUGGCAACCGAGAUGGUAAUGGUCAAGUAUUUGCUGCGAUAGGCUUGAAAAGCAGACUCAGUUCCUCCAACGAUAAUAACAGCCACAACAACAACGAGUUAUUGGAGAUGUUGACAAUGAGUUAUUGGAUAUGUUAAGUUAUAAUGCAUUGGCAGGAUUUUCGAAGAAGUCUUUUAUAAGAGAUGCUCUUGAAUAUUUUAGACAAUGGUAUUCCCAGUCAUGUUUCACUUUUAGCUAUUGGAUGUACAGUGAGAAAUCAUGCAGAGAGAGUCUCUUGUUUUGAUAGCUUAUAUAAUGUUGUAAAUAAUACAUCCACUUUGUCUCCAAUCUACUUAAAAGCUCUUUGUCUAUUGUUUUGUUUAUUCAUUCAAGUUCUUGUGAUUAUAAACUAUUUAUUCGCUGUAAAUCAUUUAUAUAUUAACACUAUGGUUGUGCAACUUAAAGGGGAGGUUUACGUUUGUUCUUAUCAAUUUUGUUUAUUUUGGAUGAUAAUGAUGAUAGCAACUUAUAGUUAUUACACAUAAAUUUAUAAUAAAGUUACCCUUGACACAUAAUAAAGUUCAAACAUAUAAUACUCUUAAAAUCACAUAAGUUCAAAUUCCAAAAAUAUUAAUACAUAAGUUUAAACAUCUGACAUCACGAGUUUAUUAAAACAUGAAUACACAUAAAUUAGCAAGAAUAUCUUAGAAUAAUUUUAUAUAUGGAGAAUAUGCAAGUUUACGAAAACUGGAAGACUUAUUAGUUAAAAACAUUAAUAAAAUGAGUAUUGAUAAUAUAUUUAAAAUUAAGUUGUAGGUUUUAAUCAAGAGCCCCAACAUUGAUAUAUGUACAUGAAUUAACAACAAAAACUUAAAAUUUUAUUUUAAAUUUUAAGUUUGAGAAGUCUCAUAUUUAGGUUAUUUUUGUAAUUGCAAAUUUUCAAAAGAAGAGUUUUCAAGAAAUCUGCUCAAUUACAGUCUUAGGAAGUCUCCUUUUGUAAAUUAUUGGGUUUUGAUAAUCCUGUUAGUUUGCAGUUUUUUUAUAGAAGUCUUCUCACGGCCACAUGAAGUCUCUAAAGUGUCAUAAAAAGUCAACAUGUGUUAGUUUUGUAAUUGAUCAUGUUUAUCUUUAUAUAAGAAGACUUCUUAGAAGAUUUCCGAAGAACUUAUUUGAAGACCAAAGGUUUAACUAAAAUCUCGGAAUAAAACUAGAUCACACUUCAUGAGAAUACUUCUACGGAAGUCUGCUAAUUAAUUAAUUUUAAAAUUAAAUAAUAUAUUAUAAUUUUAAAAUUAAAUAAUAUAUUAUUUGUGUCAAUUGCAUAACUGUUCCAGAAGACUUCUCUAGAAUUUUACUCAGAGAAAACUUCUCCAAAAAUCUUCUAUGAAAAAAUCAUUUUUUCAAAAUUUUGGUCAAUUACAAAACUAUAGUUGCUUUUUCAGAGAUUUCUCGAGAAGUAUACUCGAUUGUUUGUUGUAAAGAAAGUUAACAGACUUCCAUAGAAGUCUUUUAUGGAAUACUUUACAAAUAGUAAAUUGCAAUAUUAACCUAUGCAUCGAAAAGAAGAUUUCUACGCAAAACCAAUCUGAAAAAAAAUUCAAAUAUCAUACGUAGAUCAGGUGAGAGUUGAUGCUUAUCUUCUCCUAGAACCCAAAACUUCUUAAUAAAAGAUGUCCACUCGUUAUUGACCAUAAAAAUGAAAAUAAAAUCAUCAAAAAUGCCCAUAAAAAUAAAUUCAGUUUUAUAUUCUCUAGUUUUAGUUAAGCUUAUAUGAUAUUUUAUUUAAUAAAAUACUUAAAAUUAGUAAAUAUGUAUAUUAUUUGAUUAUAAAAGGGAGUGAGUUACGGUUUAUGUGCUUACACUUGCAUUUUUACAGGUUAUUCCGCUAAGCAUACAAAAAGUUUAAAGUAUUAUGAAACGGGUUAAAACACAUUAUCACAUUUCAAUUAUAAAAAUAUAUAUGAUAUUUAUGUAGAUAAAAGUUUAAAGUAUUAUGAAACGAACUCUCAAAACACAAGAUGAUAUUUAUGUGUACAAAAAUUAUUUAAUAAAACAUAUUUUUAAAAAUAAUUUAUGUGUACAUAAUUUAUAUUUAAAAUUUGUGUAAUAUUAUUAACUUUUUUUUUUGCUUUUAGUUGAAUAAAUUAUUAAAUCCUAAGGAGAAUUCUGACAUGCAUUAUGGGCAUUUUUUUAAUUUAUAUAUUUAAAAUUUAGAGAAAAUAGUUGAUUAAAUAACACUUUUGAGUUCUACUGUAUUUGCAAAUGUUAAUCUUUUCUAUUUAAAAUCUAUAAAACGCAAAUUUUUAUUCUGACAUGUCAUAUAUAUUUACAUUUGAGCAUUAUAAUAUUUUGAAAUACAAAUUUCAAAAAUCUAUUCAAAGUGUUGUUAGGUUUCUAACCCGUGAUAUAAAGUGAAAUCAUUAAUUUAAAAUAAAUUAUAAUAUUUUAUUUCUAUAAUUGUCAAUAUAAUUUGAUCAGUAUUAUGGCUUUUAAAUAUUUUAAGAGUAUUUGAAAAUAAUUAUAUUUCAAAAGGUUGGUAUGUAUUUGUUACAUUGUAAUAUUUUGUGAAAUAUAUUUUUAGAAUAGGUAAAUUUACACAAUUUUAUAUAUUUGAAAUUCAUUUUAUUAAACAAUUAUAGCAUCAAAAGAGUAUCUUGACAAUAUACAUGUUAACGAAUUUAUUUCCAAUUAUAUACAGUACUUUAAAGUUGUUUAAUAUAUAUUAUUAAUUUGUUGUCAAUACUUUAUAAAAAUACUAUAGUAUAAUAAAUUAGAGUAUCUUUUAAUAUUUUGAGGAUAAAUAUGAAUACACUCAGUUGUGAUUCAUAUAUCCAACAUGAUAUCUUAGGCAUUUUUAGAAUUCGUAAAAUAUCAAAAUUAUUUAUCUGAAGAAUAUUGUUUUGAUUUUUUUUUCACAUGAUAUUCUUACAAUAUUUUAGGUAAUUGUUUUUGCAAAUUUUCUUUUAUAUAAAAUUGUUAAAAUAUCAAAAUUAUUCUGAGUGAUGUAUUUAUCUGCUGAUUUCACAAAACAAAAUUGUAAAAAUAUGCAAGAUUCUUUAGAAUUUAUUAUUGUUAACUUAUGUAAUUACACGAUUGUAAUAUCAAAAUAUCAAAAUAUUUGUCUAUAAUGCUAUAUCGAUUAUCAAUUCAUUUAUAUAAUAUAUUAAUUUAACGUGUUGAUCAUCAAUCUUUUUAUGUGCUUUUAUACAGUUCAUAAAGGGGGAAAUUACAUAUUUACCACUUUCUUGGUACCACUUUUCAUUUUUACCACCACUAAUGAGACAUUUUCAAAAAUACAUUCUUCAUUAAGUGGCAAAAAUUUUUUAUGCCCUUGUUAUUUAUAUAUAUAAUAAAUCAUUAUUUAAAUAAAAGUAAAAAUAAAAAUAAAUAAAAAAAUAAUAAUAAUAAAAAAAUGUAAAAAAUAUAAAAAAGAAAAAAAUAUAAAAAUAUAAAAAA